AUGGCUAUAAAAAAGGAAUACUUUUCGUUACCAACAUUAAAUGAUUUAUCAGCUGAGUUAGGAGGAUCGAAAAUAUUCAGUUGCUUAGAUUUAAAGGAUGGAUAUUUUCAUAUACUUUUGGAUAAGAAAAGCUCAGAAUAUUGUACAUUUUCUACAAUUUACGGGUGUUAUUCGUUUAAUAGACUACCAUUUGGUAUAUCAGUAGCCGCAGAAGUAUUUCAGAAAUAUAAUACAGAAUUGUUUAAAGAUAUAAAAGGUGUUUUUAUAUAUGUAGAUGACAUAUUAAUACAUGCUGAAACAGAAGAAGAACAUAAUAAAAUAUUAAUUGAAGUACCUACUUGA